CCUCAACCGGUACAGAUCUUCCAGCUUUGGCAAGUAUACAUCGACAACGUCAAUCCUUUGACCAAUCUCCACCAUGUACAGACCAUGCAACGUAUGGUGCUAGAAGCAGCGAGCUGCAAGCCGGAUGAUCUGCCGAAACAGUCACUGGCGUUACUCUCAUCCAUCUUUCUUAUAUCCGUCGAGUCUCUCGGUGACGAGGAAUGCCGGCAUUUCAUGAAAGCCUCGAAGCACGAAUGCGUUGGUCGCUUUUUUGCAAUGACGAAAAACUGCCUAGUCGGUGCUGAAGUGAUGGAAAUCGCAAGCACGGAAGUCCUGCAAGCCCUCGUUUUGUACUUGAUAGCAGCCAGGCAGCACAGCUCUCCUCAGAGUCUUUGGCUCGUAAUUGGUGUCGCAGUGAGACUGGCUCAUCGUCUGGGGAUCCACCGAGAACAAAAUCUACGGAGCAAGACAAUCUUCGCCGCAGAAAUGAGUCGUAGACUUUGGUGGCAGAUAUACCUGUUGAACCGUCAUUACGUCAAUCUGUGCGAAGAUAUUGACAGCAGCGAUCCAGCGCACAUACUCAUAUUCGACACCAAACGUCCACUCAAUCUCAACGAUGCGGAUCUCCACCCGGAAAUGACGACAAUGCCGCUAGAGAGAGACGGCGUGACAGAGAUGCUAUUCUGCUCAAUCAGAUAUGACAUUGGCGGUUUUGUACGAGAUCUUGGUUCGAGCUCGGACAACGAGCAAAGCAAGAUUCAUGCCAUCCAACAAUUGCAGGCUCGCCUUGGAGACAAAUAUGCCAGGCAUUGUGAUGCUUCAAUCCCACUGCAACGUGUUUCUCGCUGUCUUAUUCAGACAACUGGCUACCGUCUUGCUCUACGACAUUGUCAUCCGGCGCAAAACGCGACUGAGAUUCAGCCAGCAACAGAACGACAUCAAGCUUUUGACACGGCCCUUUCACUUCUACAGACUCAACACUCGAGCUGCGCCAGUCAGAUGUUGGAUUGCUAUAGAUGGCAUACGAAGCUAUUCUACUGCUUUGAGGCUCUGUUUCCCGUUCUCCAUACUUUGGCCUUUGAAAUUAUCAGUGAGGCAUCCUCAGAGGAGGCGUGGAAACAGGUUGGAUUGGCAUAUCAGUACAACCCUGAACUUUUGAGUUGGCAACACAAAAACUUCUAUACAAGUUACUGUCACAAUAUCAACAGCUUAGCUCUCAAAGCAUGGAGCCGAAUAGCUUCAACUGCA